AUGGCAGAUGCUAAGCAAAGUAAAACAGAAGAAAUAUAUAAUGGAUCAUCACAGUCUCGUGUUGUUUUGGCGAAACCUCGACUAGGAGGCUUUGGAUCCUCUAAUUUACUUAACUCUAGUACAAGAUCAGUUUUACGUCCACCACAGCUGAAGCCUGGGAAUAAUCCAUUUUUAAAAGUUAACGAAAAUAAACCUAGUGUAGAUAAAGACAAGAAUUCAAAUGAAGAAACAGGAGAAAACAGGCAACAGGAGUCAAAAGAAGAGGAGGCUCCCAAAUUUGUACCUCUCGGUUCAAGUAAUUCAGCAUCGAGGUCUGCAACGACUUUCCCAGCGCCAUCACAGGCCACUUCAUCGUCAGGAUUUGUAUUUGGACAGAAUUUAAGUGAAAGGGUGGUCAUUAAAGAAUCACUUAACAAUGGAGAAGCUUCAGUUGACCACAGUUCUUCGAAUGGGACUUCAGAGUUACUUUUCACAAGUGCUGCGGCAUCUGUUAAGGAAAACAAUCAGACGCAAGAGGAAGGAGGUUUGUAUGAGAGUGGUGAAGGUCUGGCUGCGGCCGCGGCUGAAUAUGAGCGAUCACACGCAAGGCCUCCUCCGCCCGCUAACUACUGCACAAUGACGGGAGAGGAAGAUGAGAUAAAUGUGAUGCAGAUAUCGUGUCGCCUGUUCGCCUGGGAGAGCGGUAGUUGGCGUGAGCGUGGUCGCGGCGUGCUCCGUCUGAACGACAGCCCCGGCGGGUCGGGCGCGCGGCUGGUGGCGCGUGUGGCGGGCUCCUUACGGGUCGUGCUCAACACUAAACUAUGGCCGGACAUGGUAGUGGAUAGAGCAGCCAAUAAGUCGCUCAGGAUCACGGCCGCAGACGCCCAGCAACAGGUCAAGCUGUUCCUCAUCAUGGGAACACCGGGUGAUAUAGCACAAUUACAUAGAGCACUGCUGUCUCGUAUAUCACUCAGCAAACGUAGUUAUAACUCCAAGGAGGACGAGAACUCACAGAGAUCGGCAGAGAGGUUGGAGGCUGCCACUAACGACAAUGAUUACACGGAGAAAAAUGUAGACUCAAACCAAGAGGACGACGAAGAACAAGAGAAUGACAAUCAAAGAAACGAGGAGAGUGAAAAUAGACUUGAGAGUAGUAAAGAGACGAGUAAUGUAAGAGAAGAUAUAACAGAAGAAAAGGAAUCAAAACCGAUGAAACGGAAAGAACCGGUCGAAGAAGAGACUUCUCCCAAAAGACAAUGUUCCGAAACUCACUGA